AUGUCAAUCGAUGUCUCCAGAUGUCUUGAUCUAUUGCCUAUUCUUCUCUUCAUCCUUUAUACCUAUCUAUCUAUCUAUCUAUCUAUCUAUCUAUCUAUUAUGAAAAAUAUGUUUAAAACUCUGUUUUGGUCUAUUUCUUUCUAUCUAUCUAUCUAUCUAUCUAUCUAUCUAUCUAUCUAUCUAUCUAUCUCAGUCUGUCUGUUUAAAUCUAUCUAUCUAUCUAUCUAUCUAUCUAUGUCAGUCUGUUCAUAUCUAUCUAUCUAUCUCAUUCUAUUCAGAUCUAUCUAUCUAUCUAUCUAUCUAUCUAUCUAUCUAUUUAUCUAUCUCAGACAUCUAUCUAUCUAUCUAUCUAUCUAUCUAUCUAUCUAUCUAUCUAUCUAUCUAUCUAUCUAUCUCAGUUUGUUCAUUAUCUAUCUAUUGCAAACUAUUAAUUUCUUUUCCUUUCUUUCUUUCUUUCUUUCUUUCUUUCUCAAUAUGCUUAUAUAUUUAAAGAACUUCUUACUUGAGUUGACAAACAUUCAGCUCUCACUCGUUCUCUCUUUUCAACUCUCUCUUUUCAACUCUCUGUCUUUCCACCUCUCUCUUUCCACCUCUCUCUUUCCACCUCUGUCUUUCCACCUCUCUCUUUCCACUUCAAUGUCUUUCACCUCUCCCUUUCCACCUCUCUGUCUUUCCACAACUCUGUUUCCACCUCUCUCUUUCCACUCUCUCUUUCUUUCCACCUCUCCCUCUUUCCACCUGUCUCUAUUAUCGUUUCUUCUUCUUCUUCUUCUUUUUUCUUCUUCAUCUUUUUCUUUUUCUUCUUUUUCUUCUUCUUAUUUUCUUUUUCUUAUUACUUCUUUUUUCUUCUUCCUCUUUUUCUUUUCUUCUUUUCUUUUUUCUUCUUCUUCAUCUUUUUCAUCUUUUUUCUUCUUUUUCUUCUUCUUUUUCUUUUUCUUCUUUUUUCUUCUUUUUCUUCUUCAUCUUUUUUCUUCUUCUUCUUUUCUUCUUUUUCUUAUUUCUUCUUAUUUCUUCUUUUUCUUUUCUUUUUUCUUCUUUUUCUUCUUUUUUCUUCUUUUUUUUUCUUCUUCUUCUUCCUUUUCUUCUCCUUCUUUGUCUUCUUCUUUUCUCCUCCUUCUUUUUCUUCUUUUUUUCCUUUCUUCUUUUUUUCUUCUUCUUAAUUUUCUUCUUUUCUUCUUUUUCUUCUUAUUUCCUCUUCUUCUUCUUCUUCUUCCAUCUAAGUUUCCUAUUGCCGCUUCAUCCCUUUAUCCCUUUCCCCACUGGCCUAUGUGCAUCACACCUUUUUCCUUUCCAUCUUCUCACAUUCAUUCAUUCCAGCCCUCCUCACAUAAUUUCCUUUUGUUUCCCUCUUUACCCUAA